AUGCUGCAACCCAACAGCAACAACUCUCGAGAACAAUUUGGUGGUCAUGUUGUUACAACAGGAAACUCGAAAAACAAUUCACUCACUCCAUGUACUUCUACAAAUCAUAAAAAUCCUCCUCUUGCUCCCUUUUUCCAAAACAGCAUUAAUUACAAACCGAACCAUGGACAUCCAACAACACAAUCACUCUCUGGACUCCCAAUGUUUCCAACAACGACCACACAUCGAGUGGAAGAAAAGGCAGUUCAACCUCCUCCUCCUUCUCUGAUGACCCUUGUGAGUGCUUCUUUUUCGGAUCACAAUCAACAACAGAAGGAUACCAUGAUGAUCGAUUCAAAAACAGCACUCGAUUCCGAAGAGUACAAACCCAUCACGGAAAAUAGUUCAAUAUACAAGUCCAAAGAUUUGGAUUUUGUACCUCAAAAUUAUUCUUAUAUUUGUGAGUUGAGGACGACGAAUCGAAGGGGUUGUGCAAGCAAAUAUGUUCUCGAAGUGAACGGAUUUCGAUCGGUCUAUGCUCAAAAAUCAAUUGUUGUCAAGCAUGAAAACAAAGAACUUGAGAUUGUGAGCAUUCACUUUUGCAUCGCAUCGGUCAGUCAGGAUGACAUUUCAAAGUUAUUUGAAAUUGCUAGAACAGCAAAACAUGAUCCAGAAUCAAUUGAAAUUGACUCUUCAAAUACAACAGUGAUUAGAUUUUCGAUCAAGAGAUCUCCAAAAGUGAAUAAGAGAGAUCUUUGCAAAUAUUACACUUUUAUAGUGACAGUGAAAUUAGAUCAGGAUGGGAAUUAUGGAUUUGUCAAAUUUGCAUUAAGACAUAAACGAAGAGACUCUCCCACUCUGCUCUAUAUCCCUCAUAUCGUAUUUGAUAAGAUCAUUGAGAAUACCAAAGAUCAAUGCUAUUAUACUCCAAGCUCGAUCUCAUUGAACAAACUCUCAGAAUUGAAUCUCUCCACAUCAUCACUCGAGAAUGUUCCUUCUUUCUCCAAUGAUCUCUCUCAACAAACCACCCAUCCUCAACCCAUACCUUAUUCGAAUAAGGAAUCCACUCGGUUUUCAUCCAUGACUCCAUCCAUGACUCAACCAAUGCUUCCGACCACACACUAUCCUCCUCAGUUUCCCUAUCAUUCAACUUUAUCUCCUCCUCCUCCACAUUCGUAUCCAUUACUACCACCACCACCGCCAACAACAACAACACAAGAACAUCAUCAUGCUACCAUUCCAUCAUCCUAUGCUUAUUAUCUACCUCCUCCUCCCUUUUACGCUCAUUCUUCUACUGGGUAUUUUCCUCCAAGCACAAAUUUUCCUCCUCUGAAUUAUGCAGUAUCAUCAUCUCAAAAUAGUACAGAGUAUAGCCUCUACUCAUCCAAAACACAUGAAAGUUCAUCCAAUAAGAGGUCCAAAGAUCAGCACAGUACCACUGAAAAAACAAAGCUUGCUGGAAAUUUUACAACUAGUAGUGCGAGUGGUGGCGUUUUCAUUCAAGAAAUUGACAAUCUGAGUACAGAAUGGGCUCUUAUUACAGGAAAUGAGUAUAUAAGUGUGAACAUUUCAAUUUCAGCUGCUGAAGAAUGGGAUUAUGAUAUUCGAAUAUUUGACCAAAAGACAAAACACAAGUUAAUGGAUUGUUCGAUCGUGUCAAAGGUUCGACAAGGAGAAGAUCUCAAAAUUAUAUUCCAAACUAAACCCUUACCUCAAGAUAUUUAUUUUGUAAAGUAUUUGGAGACUCAAUUGAACAUUGAAGCCUAUUCUGAUACCAAAAGAAUAACUUUUUAUUCCAACAACUUGAAAUUUACCAGAAAGUAUGACGAUAUUUUGAUGGAUUUAUGA